GGGGAACAGCCUUGAGCCUGCCGUAGCUCAUACAGCAUCCUGAGAUCAAGAGGGGGCAGAUGCACCUUGCUCUCUGCAGCCAGGGGGACAGACCGUGAGCAGCGUGGUGUGUGCAGCACAGGGAUGAAAAACUUUGAAGGUCAUGCCCUGCCAGGGUGCUACUUCCUGACAGUUGGGGUCCUGUGGUCUGUGAAAUACCCCAUCAAGUAUCUCAUGCAGAGGGAGAAUGAAAACAUCAGCAAAAAUAAGUGGUACCAGUAUCUGGAGCUCCUGGAAGGGAUGGGCAAAGUUAUCAUUGCUCUAGUGGGGAUUCUUGCUGGACAGUUUAUUCCCGAGGGCCCCCAUUUGCAUCUCUACACCCAGGAUCACACUUGGGUGGACCUGCUGACUUGGACACAUGGAACCAUGUACUUCGCCUAUGGCCUCGGUGGCCUAGUGGAUAUUCUCAUCCCUCUCCCACUUGGGCUGCCCCCGGGGCUGGAUCGCUUCAUGCUCUCCCAGGCGCUGUUUGUUGAAGGUUUUCUCUUUUAUUUUCAUGCCCAUCACCGCCCCCCGCUGGAUCAGCACCUCCACUCACUGAUGCUGGUUGCCAUAUGUGGUGGUGCCCUCUGCUCCCUUCUGGAAGUGUUCAUGCGAGAUCACCCAAUCCUGGAGCUCUUAAGGACUACCAUGUUCCUUCUCCAAGGAUCCUGGUUCUUGCAGGUCGGAUUUGUGCUGUACCCACCAUGGGGAGGGCCAGGCUGGGACCAGACUGAUCAUGAAAACAUCAUGUUCCUCAACAUGUGCUUGAGCUGGCACUAUCUAGGUGCUCUCCUCCUCUCUAGCAUCAACUACACCAUCGUUUACUGUUGCAUUGAGAGGUGGAAGAAAUAUGGCAGAUGGAGAAAAAAUGGGAGUUCGACGUUUGACAUGAGUUCGUAUACUCCCCUCCUACUGGGAACAGAUAACGUGGAAAAUGUUGACUCCACGCUGGGGUCUCUUCCUUCCUAGAAGCCACGAGGAUUUUCCUGCCCCCCCAAAUAACAUGGGCU